GUUUCCAGGUCCUAUCGUGUGAAGAAAGAACGCCUGGAAGAAACCGGUGUCGGCCAAAGUUCACCGGAACAACAUGGCAGUUGAGUAUCUAGCAAGUGUAUUGGAAACGUACAGAGGAAGAGAGAAGUUAAUGCGAAUUCUUCAAUAUGCCAGUUUUUUGGCAAGUGGAGGGUUACAGAAGUUGUCGCGUGAAUCCAGUGGGGAGAAAUUUCGAAUUUUUGCUGAAGCGAUAAGCGAAUGUCGGACGGUCCUUCGUUUGUUCGAUGACGCUGCUAUGUUUUCGUACGCACGCAGUUAUGGAACUGGUAAACAGGAGCGUGAUACCAUUGUCCGCUGGAGUAAUCUUGUUGACAUCUUCUGUGGUUUGACUUUUUACCCUCUUGAGCACAUUGCCUGGGCAAGGGACAAGAAAUUACUUCAUGGCAAAUCUGACAAACUGUGGGACUGGUCUCUUUACUGCUGGAUAGGAUCACUUAUAGCUUGCAUUGUAAGAGACUUAUGGCUUCUCAGAAAGCUUCAUCAACAAGAAAAGAACAAGCAGCUAUCCAGGACACAAUCAACUGAUAGCAACAUUCCACAAAGCCACAGAGAAUCAGGCAGUUCAACAAGGCAAGAUCAAAUAAGAUUUCUGCAGAAACGGCUCUUCAUCUCUGUCGUUGGGUUUACUGCUGACUUAGGGAUGGCAAUCAACUGGGCACCCUCUGGAGUUCUUUGGGCAGGAAAGCUAUCAAUUGGAUCUGUUGGUCUUCUUGGGACAAUAUCAUCUCUUUGCGAGUUAUACAAAUACUUCAGACCUGCAUCUGCAAUGCCUGAUGAAGCUCUGGGUAGCAUUUAAUGUUACAUGACUUGGUCGCAUUUACCUUCAUUACUUAUCACUUAUCCCUCAUUCGUACUUAGCACUUAAUGCUUUAACCUAGCUCAUCAAAAUUGUAUAAACCUACUUUACAUGUACAUGUAUGUAUAUAGGUGGUAGAACUCUAACAAGAGCUGUUUACAGACCAGAAGAGUCAAAGAUAUACAUGUAGUUGCACUUAUUUAAUUUUACUGGUAAGACACUAAUAAUUGCUUUACAGAAAGAGGUAUCAAAAAUCAUACAAUGGUUGGUAAAUACACCACGUCUCAUCAGAUUACUAGAUAAACACAGUGCUGAAAAUAACGACCAUUGUUUAUUAAAUAUUCAGUGCAUACGCAAUAAAAAUAACUAAAUUAUUUGCCCAUAGACUCUGAGAAGAAAUGAGAAAUCCAAUAUAUAUGACACUUGUAUUACCUUCAUAGUCUUCAUAGGAAGAUAAUUUAGAUUGGAAAGUAGGAUGAAGGGAGGGUUGCUUUACAAAUGUUUAAUUUACAUUCAUUUGCAUGUGUUUCUGAUAGCGACGCUAAAACAACUAAAAUAAAACAGUGAAAUGCUU